UGCCAAUCGCUUAAGACGUUUUUGAAAAUCAACCACUUGCAGUUCGUGCGUUUCAUUUCAUUACAUAUAAACAAUUUUUUUUUUUUUUUUUUUUGAAAGUUUAAUUGUGCUGAAGUCGGUCUUGAGUAUUUGCCGUUUUUUCUUUCUACUUCUUCACAGUUGGCACUCAAGUUCACUUGCAUAUUUACUAGUUCGUAACAAAAAAAUUAUAAAAGCGAAGUUGCAGUUGUAAUAAAAUAGCAAUUAAAAUAUACUUAACGUAAUUCGCUUAUAAAUAUUUAUAUAUGUACUGUGUGUAUGUGCAACAAAUCAGUUAGUGAUUUUAAGUGUUCGAAAGAAAAAAAUAUUGGCAAGUUUUUUUUUUUUUUUUGAUUUCUUUUCACACUAAUUUUUGAAAUCGAAACAAUUUUUACUACAUAUCCGUGUACUUAUUAUUUAAAUUAAACUCCUGUACAUACAUAGCUACGGACAUUUCUUGCCAUUGCUAAGUCCGUGUGCACAAAAUGAGUUUGGGCGGAGAAAAGUCGUUCAAAAUGAAAAUGCGCGACAUGGAAAACGCUUUCAAAUAUCGCCGAAUACCAUAUCCCAAGCGUUCCAUUGAGCUCAUCGCUAUCUUGGCGAUAUCGUGCACAUUUUUUCUUUUUAUGCACACAAAUAAAUUAAACAGUCGUCUAAAAGAGAUGGAAAUAAAAUUACAGCCAUCGGAAUUCUCGGCACUCGGUCUAACUGGGAAUCAUAUCAAUUCAAGGGAGUCAGCAAGGCGGGAUAAUAUCAACACACUACAUGGCACCUAUCAAUACCUAAAAAGUACCGGCCAGAUGCAAUCGUUAAAUGCGUUAGAGUUGAACAACACAAGAAAAGCCGAACUCGAUUUAGUUUUCUUUAAUCGUGUACCGAAGGUGGGCAGCCAAACAUUUAUGGAACUUCUACGACGUCUAUCGGAACGUAAUAAUUUCCAAUUUCAUCGCGAUGCAGUGCAAAAAGUUGAAACCAUACGAUUGGCCGAUGAUCAACAACAAGAACUUGCAGAAGUGAUUAGUGAUUUACCUGAACCGUCCGUUUUCAUUAAACAUGUUUGCUAUACAAACUUCACCAAGUUCAAUUUGCCAAUGCCGAUUUAUGUGAACGUUGUUAGAGACCCCAUUGAACGUGUGAUUAGUUGGUUUUACUAUGUACGUGCGCCCUGGUAUUUUGUUGAGCGCAAAGCAGCCUUUCCGGACUUGCCGCUACCGCAUCCUGCGUGGCUGAAGAAAGAUUUUGAGACUUGUGUGCUAUCCGGCGAUCAAGAAUGCACCUAUACACAGGGUGUGACGGUGGAGGGUAUUGGUGAUCAUCGUCGACAGAGUUUAUUCUUCUGUGGACAUGCAUAUGAGUGCACUCCAUUCAAUACGGUGGGUGCGCUGGAGCGUGCGAAAUUCGCGGUUGAAAGUCAAUAUGCCGUUGUUGGUGUUUUGGAAGACAUGAACACCACUUUGUCAGUGUUCGAAAAAUAUAUACCAAGAUUUUUCGAAGGUGUACGAGAUAUUUAUCAAAGUAGCGCCGAAUACUUAACGAAGAUCAAUAAAAAUAACUUCAAGCCGCCAGUGAGUGAGAAAGUGAAAGAUAUUGUGCGACAUAAUUUCACAAAUGAAAUUGAAUUCUAUCAAUUUUGUCUGCAAAGAUUACACAAACAAUAUCUAGCUACACAUAUACCGCAGAAAAUUUUGGCACCUUAGAAAAGCAAAUGUUUGGGUUUUGAAUGAAUGGAUUGUUGUUAUUGCAUUGUUGUACCGUAUCAAGAUACUGUGCAUGGCUAAAUGUCAGAGCUGCCGUUUCCAGUGAGAUUUCGCAAAAGAGGAGCAAAUUUUUGAUCAACUAACACAUAGCAUACCCGUUAUAUAUGUACACGCACAUGUGUAUAUGUAUGCUUAUGGCUGGAAUAUUUUAACAUUAUUUUAUUUUUAAUUUCGUUUUUUAUUUUUUAUUUUCUAUUGUUCAUUUCAUUAACCAGUAUUAUAGUCGAUUUAGUAUGAAAAUUCAUUUAAAUUAUGAAUAUGUACAAUAUGUAAGAGGCAGUAUGUCAAAAGGAAAAGUCAAUUAUUCACGGCUACAAUUGAAAAAUAUGCAUUCUUUAUUUCUGUGGUGUAAAAGUAAUUAUGUAUGUAUGUAAUUUGUGUAAUAAAAUUGAUGCCAAAUUUCUAGUCAUAAUUCAUUUGCAAAUAUAUACUUACGUAUGUAUGUGCAUGCAUAUGUGCAUGAGUGAGAAUAUGCUGGUACCUAUGAAAAAUACUCUUUUGCGGUUUAGUUAAAUUAUACAUACAUACAUUGCAUGUAUGUACAUAUGUAUGAACAUAUAUGAUAAUAUGCCUGUACAAUUGGAAAUGUAUUUUAAAAACGUUCGAUGAGAGAAUUUAUUCGAUAACUAAACUAAUGAAAAAAAAACACAGUUUGUGGCUAAACACAAAUUAUCUACAUACAUAUAUACUACAUACAUCUGCACACUAGUGCGGCAGCAAUUAUUAAAAUGUAUUGUAUGGCUAUGUAAAAGUAAUGACUGAAAAAAUGUACUUAAUUUGAGGCUUUCUUUUUAAAAUUCAAUUGUCUGUUACAGAAAAACAUUCAUGGAAAGAAAAUUCUUUUAGCAAGAAAAUUGGUGCAUAAUUUUAGAGAAAAAUAAAUAAAUAAAAAGAAACAAAAAAAUAAAAAAAAAACAUGUUUUAUCAUAAAAACUAUUUAGAAAACAACUUCCAUACUCAAUAAGACUUAGUCUUCAUUUGUUUAUGUAAUUUUUGUUAUAUUUAUUAGAAAAAUGCUCUCCAGCUACAUAAAAUAUCGAUCAAUAUAUUGUAUUUAUUCUUUAAACGAUUAACGGUAACAGCUGACAUGGCACAUUUGUAAAUUAUAUAUUGUAAUUCCUGCUUCUUUAUGUUAAUAAUAUCAAA